AUGGCCGACCCACUCAACGAAGACUACUACAAUGUCAGCGAUACAUCAGACAGUGAUGACGGCCGAUCGGAUAACAAUCAGGAAAUCACCAAUAUCACCGCUGGUAUCGACCUCGCUGCCAUCAGGACACGACUGCAGAACCAGGCGCAAGGGCCGAAUUUUCCCAACUUUUUCCAAACCGGGCUGCGAGGCACGUUCAACAAGUAUGUUCCACAAUGGAUGACCACAAAGCAAUCGCCGUAUCCCAUCAGACACCCUGCUCUCCGCCCAGACGACGUGUUUCAAGACCAAGAGACAGAGGAAUGGGUCUUUCCGAGCGAGUAUGCAACGAUGCACGAGAAGGCGAAGAGCGGGAAAGACCGAUUAUGUGGUACCAUUUGGCUGGAUCAGAUCACCGGUGGGAUAUGCGUCCCUCCAGAGUUGUUUGGUAAUAUGUCCGCCAUCCACUACGAACUCGACGACCAUGAGAUGUACCCAGAAGCAUUAGCCCUGCGCGACAGUGGUUUCCAAUCGGCAGAAAUCGCAGAGCACAUACUAAAAACAUACAUCAAGUUCCAAUUCGCAGACACCCUGGACGAUGAAGCCGCCGCCCACACCAUCUUUAUGAGACGUCCAAACAACCCGGCCAACCGAUUCGACAUCAUAGUCAGCCUCACUCCAGAGCUCGUGUGGCCCCUCCUCUUUCCCAAUUAUUCCAAGUCGGAGAAGUUCGUCACCUGCACGGCCGCCGCCUCGGUCCUGCUUCACGAGCUAGCACAUGCUGCGCGAAUGGCCGUUUCUAUCAUGACGGAAUACGACAAUUGGAACACAGAUCCUGCCUUGGGCCAACAGAGACCAGACGAUGACGGCCCUUUUCGUCUCGACCUCGGCCAAUUGCCACAGGAACAGCUGGAUUUAUUGCGACGUCUUGGCACAAAGAUAGGGGGAAGAGGACGCCAAUUUCCCCAAUUCUUUUUCCAAGGAGAGAUGCGGUCUGAAGAGGGCUGGGCGUUUGAGAACCAGUUAUGGGGAGGCGUGCCGGUCACCACCCCAGAACUAGACCCUAAGAACGGCUUCCCUCCCGUAAUCAACUGGCUUCAGCAAUGGCCCUUUCCAGCCGCCACGCCCAGGCCAUACUACCGAAGCAACGAGCCCAUCCACGGCGAGAACGACGACUGCGGCUGGCCGAACUGGCUCCUCGACCCCCCACCAACCAUGGUCCGCCGCGUCACAGCCGUGCCGGUCGCCAUGAUGAGCAGGCUGUACAACGAGGGGUUCUGGUCGGUCGACGUUGCAAAGUACAGCCACCAGGCGCUCAAGUUCCCCGUGCACGAGUGGGCCGGCAGACCCCUCAGGUCCUCGUUCUACCUCUCCUUCACCCCGAGGAGGGACCUGCUGAGGGCCUUCCGGAGCCGGGCCGCGUGGCCCUGGCUCUCCCGGUCGGUCUCGAUGCUCGGGCAGGUCGGCGAGGACGUCCUGUCCGAGUACAUCUACCACCGCGCGAUGAGCACCGCGGGGCCGGCCGUCACCCGCAGGAGGCUCCACUACGAGCGGAGGAGGUGGCGGCACAGCGACGCCGGCAUCGCGGCCAGGUCGCAGGAGGUGACCCGCCUGCGCGCCGCGUCCCGCACGCUGCUCGCAGAGUACCACACGGCCAACAGCCAGGCCGCUGGCGCUGCCGCUCUCGACGCAUACCUCGACCACGCCAGGCUCCUCGUCGUGGAGGCCCUGGAGCUCGCCCGGCUCGCGGGCUGGGAGGUCUCGGCGCUGCAGCUCCUGGUGCGCGAGUGCGCGCGGCUCGACGACGUGGGUAGGCGGGCGGUGCAGCGCCACAUUGACGCCGCCGGCUCGCGGGUCGAGCGCAAGCUCAAGCCGGCCGUGGAGGGCGCGGCUGCAGAGGUGCAGGGGCUGCAGCGCGAGCUGGCCGAUGUCAUGCCUGGCUUGCCGCCGGUGAGCGCCGCCGACUCGCUGCGGCUGACGAUCGCGGAGAGGACCUCGGCGGCCGCGUCUAUUCUGACUGCGGUUAGGGAGCUGGUGCAUGAGCUGGGAAGGAGCGUGGAUACCGUCAGGGGGUUCUCCUCAGUUCAAGGUGCAAGUGACGAAUCUAUGCGGAGUGCCUUCAACUUGCUCGUUGACACGGCCAGUGGAAGGCGACAAUGGCAGACGCUCGAGCGGCUCGCUGAGCACCGUUGGAGAGAGCUCCCGGCCAACAGUCCUAUACGCAGGGUUGUAACAGCGUGCUUGAGAAUCUUGGAGAUAGCUUAG